AUGCUAUCUUGUGAUAUUUGUGGUGAAACAGUAUUCUCAGAACCAGACAUGAAGGCUCACCUCCUAAUUGUUCACAUGGAAAAUGAAGUUAUAUGUCCAUUUUGCAAGUUGUCAGGUGUGAAUUAUGAUGAAAUGUGUUUUCAUAUUGAAACUGCUCAUUUUGAGCAAAAUGAACUAGAAAGAAACUUUGAGAGGAUCAAUACAGGACAGUAUGGAACUUCCGAUAACAGGAAGGACAGCAGCCUACAGUGUAGAGCAGACAUUAAUUCAGGUAUUCAUUCAGCUUGUGCAUCUAAUCAGCCGAAGAUUUCAGCUCAAAGCCUGCCAAAGGAUGGUACUUUAAAACAUAAAGACUUUUAUUCAGAGAACUUAACUGACUCUAGAAAAUUCCUGAAAAGUAUGGAAAAACAGUCUGACCGAACCAAACUUAAAGAAUCAAUUUAUGAAACAAUGUACAGUCCUCCUGAAUGUCCAUUCUGUGGAAAAAUAGAAGAUAAUAGUCAAGCUAUGGAAACUCAUGUGAAAACAAAGCAUGCUGAUCUUUUAGACACUCCAUUAGAAGACUGUAAUCAACUACUCUAUGACUGCCCUAUGUGUGGGCUUAUUUGUACAAACUACCAUAUUCUGCAGGAACACGUUGACUUGCAUUUGGAAGAAAGCAGCUUUGGACAAGAUGUGAAUAGAGUGCAGUGUUCUAGAGAUCUAGAGUUGGCUCAACAGCUUCAACAAGAAGACCGAAAGAGGAGAUCUGAAGAAUCAAGACAAGAAAUGGAAGAAUUUCAGAAGCUGCAGAGACAAUAUGGUUUAGAUAAUUCUGGAGGGUACAAAUAA